AAUAAGUGUGUGAUGCAUGAUGUAAAAAAAGGAGAAAAAGUUGUGAGCACGCAUGUAGUGAGUGUUCGUCCACGUUACCCCUUCUACAGACAAUGUUUUUCUCUCUAUACCAACAAAGCGCGCAGUAUAAAGAGGGAAAAGACUGAAUCCUUCCAGUUAGUCUCUCGUAAACAGCUCUCAAGUAUACUGCGAAUAUUUAUUAGUGCAAAAUCUAAUUAAGUUUUUUAAUACCUAGUGAAAAAGUUUAUUCUUGAAGCGUUAUUAAUAAAUAAUUAUUGAAUAAUUGAUAAUAUUGUAAUUGUGAACCUGUUUGGAUCGGUAAGACCUACGGGUCAAGCCAAAUUAUUGAUAUAAUCAACAUUAUUUUUUACAAUUUGCCCUACAUUGUUGAUAUAUUUAUUUAAUCGUUUUCAAUUACACUUACAAAAUGCCGAUUGAAAUAGAACCAAUUACUCAAACUCAUGUGAAACAUGUUCAAUGCAAUGGAGAUCAACCUAAAAAAAUGAAUAAACUCUGUCGCCAAUUGUCAAUUGAAAGCCCCAGUGUGACUGGUCGAGAAUGUGUCUUCAGUUUUGAUGUCCCUGUACCAGAUGUACCACCACAGGGUGCUAGAAUCCGUGUAAUUUGUGCUGGAGCAUGUUAUCAUCCCAAACGUUCAUCAAGCCUUAUAAGUUUGGCAUCAGUUUCUAGUGCAAGUAGUCUUGCAACGGAAACUUCUGUUGAAGGUGAUUUUCCAACAUCUCUACCUCACUAUGGUGUUCGUGAUGCAGCUCUCUUCCCUGGCUAUGAAGUUGCUGGUAUUGUCGAAUCCCUUGGGUCUGGUGUGAGCGAAGACUGUCAAUUCAGUGUUGGAGAUCGUGUCAUUUUAUAUCCAUUUGAAGGAAUUCCCAACGGAUAUGUCGAAUAUCUUGUAGUAGAUGAUCUCAAGUAUCUCAUCAAAGUUCCAGACAAUAUCUCUCUCAGCGUUGCUGCUAUGUUACCUGCUGGAGCUCUUCUUGCUAUGAAUACAGUCUUCGCUGCUCAUGAACAUGUUCAGCAAUUGGUAAAAGAAAGAGGGAAUGAUGGAGUUUGCAAAAUUCUUAUUGUUGGCACUGGAGGCUUAGCUUUGUGGACUCUUCGAAUAGCUGCUUAUUAUUUCAGUGACAUGCAGGACAAAGUCACAAUUGCAGUAGCUUCAUUGAAAGAUGAUGGUCUUCUCAUGGCUCAAGAGUUUCAACGAGUUAAUGUGGUAGAAUGGAAUGAAGGCCUAUAUGAGAAACAGUUGAUUGAACGUACAAUGGAUGCUUGUCAGGGACAAGUCGAUGUGGUUAUUGAUUUUGGAACAACUUCAAGAAGUCUUCAUAGAAGUAUGCAGUGUCUCAGUAAGGGUGGAGUUGUCUUUGUUAUUAAAGAAGUAGCAGAUCGUCUUUUACCUAAAUUUAGCAAACGUGCUGAAGAACGUCAGCAAAGUAUCAAACCAGUAGAACUAGGUACACUAGAACAAUUACAAGAGAUCGUACAGCUAGUGGCUUCGGGAAAAAUUGAGCCACCACCUCACACAGUUUUUCCUGCUGAAGAAGCUACAGAUGUUGUUCACAAACUCUGUCAUUCAGAAAUUCAUGGUAGAGCUAUCCUUCGCUUUUACCCAGCUGAUUAGAACUCAUAGUAUUCAGAGGAAUAAAGCUGAGUGAGAGUAAGAGUUUUUGAAGAAAUUUCUUGUCAUAUUUAUGGUCAAAUUGAUAAAUAGAACAGAUGAUAAUAUAAAAGGAAGAUUUAAAUGGGAAAGAUUUUGCUAAAAGAAGAUUAUGAUUAACAAUAGAAGUAAAGACGAUAAAAGAGUCUAUUGUGAGUUGUUGCAUUUUUGAGAUAUGGUAAUAUGAGAUGCAAGGUUACAGGCACGAUUAUUAUUAUUGAUAUAUUUACUUGGAUAAUAUUUGGUAAUGGUUACCGCAAAUUUAUACAAUACGGUAAACAAUAAUGUAACGUGUAGUUUAAUAUAACAUUUCCAGAAUUCAUACUUGAAAUGUUCGAUAUAAUCAUACGUAUCUAAAUUUGAUGGAAAAUUUAUAUAAAUUAUCUUUUUUUUAAAAAUU